UAAGCCCGUACAUACGUAAAUCGCAGUGGAAGGCAUAGUAAUCAUACACAACAAUUGCAACAAACAUGUGGAUUUAACUAUGAGAAUAAACAUGUUCAUGAUUUUCUCGAGAGUGUUCUAGAAUUAAAUCAAACAGGUUAAAAGGAUUGUUCUGUGCAGUUUUAGGGAAAAUUGUACGGUUGAUUAACCUAUGAUAUUUAUUAAAGAGUUCUUCCAUCGCAUUCCAGUGACGACAUGCAAAUUGGGAGCGAAACGAACACUGCAUUUCUAAUACGUUAAACUCUGAAUCAUUUCCAUCAUGCUUUAAACAAAUUACGGAUGGAUUAAGUAACAAUAAGUUUGCUUAGGAUUUUCGAUCAUUCUAUAAAAUAUUCAAGAGCCGUUGAAAGUGUAUCCACAAAACCUGAAAUUAUGCCGUAAAAAGCAUGCGUUUUUCCAACUACAACGCACAUAUGAUGUUUACGUGAAUCUGUUUUGGCCAUUUGGAUUAAUAACGUUUUUCAAGGAUACAUCAGAACAAACGCCUAUCUCCACAACACAAAUGGUAUGGCUGACAUGAGGUGGGGCUUAUAGAAAGGAAGCACUGGGAUGACUUCCCCGAGAGUAAAUUCACCACCAGUUAAAGUUAACACAGAGCUGACAUUAAGACCACCGUCCCCUGACAAUGGACUUCUACCGACAACUUCUGGUUUACGCUCCAUUUCAGCACUCGAUAUGCGGGAAAACGGACACAUCAACCCUGCUUCCCGGAUGUCACGUGCUCUCUCCAUUGCCGGAAGUAGCGAUGGCGCAUGCUCAGAAAUCAUCCGCGUGGAACAAACAGCUGAGGCGGAUGAACAAUUUAAUGUCACAACCUUUGGGAAAUUGGUCAGAACGAUGCAAUUUAUUCGGUCAUGGGCUGGUGGAAAAAGACCGAGCGAAACGAUCCAGCGUCCCGACUCUUUCCUUGAGCGAUUUGCGAUGGGCGGGCAGGACCCAGGGACCCAGGAGGAGCCAGCUCAGAGUAGGAGCAGGAAGAUAUCGGACCCGACGUACUGGAAUAGUUGGAUGGUUGUGACAUCACAGCCCUUCUAUUACAGGUGGCUCACCUUCAUUUCACUUGCCAUCAUGUAUAACAUCAACUUGAUCAUCGCUAGAUCUGUCUUUAAAGAGCUACAGGUAAACUACAGAAUAUUAUGGCUAACGUUGGACUACAUCAGCGAUGUGAUAUAUAUCAUAGAUAUGGUUGUGCAGCUCAGAACAGGUUAUCUAGAGCAUGGCUUACUUGUGAGGGACGCAACAAAGAUGAGAAAACAUUACAUCAAAACAUUGACGUUCAAACUAGACCUCAUAUGUAUAUUACCAACAGAUCUAAUUUAUAUCUACACUGGGGUCGACGCUGCUCCAUAUUGCAGAUUCAACAGGCUCUGCAAGUUCUCUCGUCUCAUGGAGUUCUUCGAUCGCACUGAAACUCGGACGAGCUUUCCUAACUUGUUCAGAAUAAUGAAUUUGAUAUUGUAUAUUUUGAUAAUCAUCCAUUGGAAUGCGUGUAUUUACUUCGCCAUUAGUAAUAACAUUGGGUUUAGCAGUGACGAAUGGGUAUACAAUAUGUCCACGCCAGAAUGGCAGACAUUAACUCGGCAAUAUAUUUAUAGUUUCUAUUGGUCGACAUUGACUUUGACUACUAUAGGGGAAACCCCACAGCCUCAACUAGAUUCAGAGUACUUAUUCGUUGUAAUUGACUUUCUCAUCGGUGUGUUGAUCUUUGCCACCAUUGUCGGUAACGUCGGUAGUAUGAUCACAAACAUGAACGCUGCCAAAGCGGAGUUCCAACAGCGCAUGGACGGCGUUAAACAAUACAUGGAGUUCCGAAACGUCAGUAAGGAGUUAGAAAGCAGGGUAAUAAAAUGGUUCGAUUACCUCUGGAGCAAUAAACAAUCUCUAAACCAAGAGGAAAUUUUAAAUACCUUGCCUGAUAAACUCAAAGCUGAAAUUGCGAUCCAUGUUCAUUUAGAGACACUCAAAAGAGUCAGUAUUUUUCAAGACUGUGAGCCAGGAUUGCUCGUAGAAAUCGUGCUCAAAUUGAAGCUCAGUGUGUAUAGUCCAGGCGACUAUAUUUGCCGCAAGGGGGAUAUUGGACGGGAGAUGUACAUAGUUAAACGCGGGAGACUUAGCGUUGUCGCCGAUGAUGGUAAAACUGUGUUUGCUACUCUUUCAGAUGGAAGUGUAUUCGGUGAGGUCAGUAUUCUUAACAUAGCAGGUAAUAAAACAGGAAAUAGGCGAACAGCAAAUGUAAGAAGUAUAGGAUAUUCCGAUCUGUUCGUUCUUAGUAAGGACGAACUUUGGGACGCCUUGACGGAAUAUCCCGAGGCAAAGAAAAAACUUAUUGAACGCGGCCGUGAGAUCUUAAAGAAGGACAAUCUGUUAGAUGAAGAAGCAAUGAGAGAGGCAGAGAAGCAUCAAGAGUCAAUGGGAGAUAAGAUCACGAGAGUAGACACAAGUCUUGAAAUACUUCAAACAAGAUUCGCUCGUCUUCUUGGUGAAUUCAACGUAACCCAACAAAAACUAAAGCAAAGGAUAACAAAAUUAGAAAAAACUGUAACGAAAGAAGAUGAUUUGUUUUCUCAUCUCUCUGGUAUAUCGGGAAACGAUCAAAGUGACUCAAAGAUUUGAGAUUUUGGUGCCACGAAAUUUCAGAGUACGUUGUAUCUGAUAUACUCAAAAAUUGUCCUGUGCCGAAUGGUUUUAAGAGAAUAAAACAUGCCUACAGAGAUUGGAGAUUUAAAUAUUCGAUGUCAGCCUCGUCGUGAUGUGCAUUAUAAUUCAGUGAAUUAUGUAUACUGUUAUUUUCAUUGUUAAUGAAUUUAGAAGGCAUUAAGUAUUGUACAUGUUUUACAUGCUAUAUCCUUAAGCAUUUUCGUCAGGCCUUGUGGGAAAACGUAUUUAACGU